UGAAUCCCUGUUGCUAUUUCCCCUGCCAGCACCAAGGGGUGUGUGUCAGGGUCGGCCUGGGAGGAUACGAGUGUGACUGCACACGGACGGGGUACUCUGGGGCCAACUGCACCUCCCCUGAGUUCUGGACGCGCCUGCACGAUCUGCUGAAGCCCAGUCCUGCCUUCUACCACUUCAUCCUGACUCACUUCAGGUGGUUUUGGGACAUUAUCAACAGCACCUUCAUCCGGGACACGCUCAUGAGGCUCGUGCUCACAGUUCGUGCCAAUCUCAUCCCCAGCCCUCCCACCUUCAACUCUGACUAUGGCUACAUCAGCUGGGAGGGCUACGCCAACGUCAGCUACUACACCCGUGUCCUGCCGCCCGUGCCGGAUAACUGCCCGAAACCGAUGGGAAACCAAGGGAAGCAGCAGCUCCCUGAUGCCCAGCUCCUGGCGGAAAGGUUCCUGCUGCGGCAGAAGUUUAAAGCCGAUCCCCGAGGCACCAACCUGAUGUUCGCCUUCUUCGCCCAGCACUUCACCCACCAGUUCUUCAAGACAUCCGGGAAGAUGGGACGUGGCUUCACCAAGGCGCUGGGGCACGGG